CUUAUAUCUAUGUUUCCAACCAGUCCUAGUUUUUCAUUUUUUCUUCGAAACUCUUUUCUUCUUCCCUAAUUUCACGAAACCCCCCAAAUUAGGGUUUCCAUCACCGUGAAGGUCAUUUCCUCAAAAACAUCCAGACUUACAUGCAAAUCCAUGGGCGCGCAAAAUUUGAUAUUGAUAUGUCAGUAUGGAGGGAAGUUUGUGCCGGAAAAGGAUGGGUCCUUGUCGUAUAAUGGUGGAGAGGCACAUGCUGUAGAUAUUAAUCUUGAAACUCGUUUUGAUGAUCUCAAGUUGGAAAUUUCAGAUAUGUGUAGCAUUGACUUUGAAUCCAUCACUAUGAAAUACUUUCUCCCCAGUAACAAACGGGCUCUUAUAACAUUAGCUAAUGACAGAGAUCUUAGACGAAUGAUGCAUUUCCAUGACUCAUCUGCUACAGCGGAUGUUUUUGUAGUGGAAAAAGAGAUUGUUACUCAACCUAAACCGAAGACCCCUGUCAACAGGGAAAGUAGAGCUACUAACAAUGUAGUUGGGACUACCACAUUAACUCCGGCCGCAACUACCCCUGAUGUGAAUAACGCAGUUGUUGUUGAUUCCCCCACUGCUCCCAUGGGAAACACAGUCAUUGAUCUUGCUGCCGUGAGCCCCUCUACUAGUGGUGCUGUUGCAUUGGACCGCAGAACUAGCCGUGGCAAGGAUGGUGGUGUUGCUGGUUUUUCUUCUGUGGCUGAUUUCAUUGCUGAUGGUGUUGCGAAGAAAACAGGACGCACUGCAUCGUGGAAAUUUGGUGCAAAAGGUUUCACUAUUGUUUCUAUUGCAGAUGACGCAGAGAAGCAAGUGCCUGCAAGAACCAAGGGGAAUAAUCCAGACACUGUUUCUUCUGGUGAUGAUGACCAUGGGGACCAAUUUCCGUCUGAAUCAUCUGACCAUGAUAACCAGAGCAAUCAGAAUGAUUCUGUUACAGAUGAUUUUGUCGAAGGACGCCAUAAGCUGAUUGAUUCAUGGAAAAAUGGCAUAACUGGCGUUGGUCAGGAGUUCAAGAACGUCCAUGAUUUUCGUGAUAUACUGCGGAAAUAUGCCAUUUCAAAUCGCUUUGUCUACCGGUACAAGAAAAAUGAUACGGACCGUGUAAGUGCCAGAUGUAAAGUUGAUGGAUGUUCAUGGAGGAUUCAUGCAUCCUGGGUCCAAGCUAAAGUAUCAUUUAGGAUAAAAAAGUUUGAAAAUUUCCAUACAUGUGAUGAUAGCUUACCCGCCCAUCAUCCACAAGCAACAAAAAAUUGGCUGGCGACACUGGUAAAAGAGAUGUUGCAAGAGAGCCCACAUUACAAGCCCAAGGAGAUUGUUACUGCCAUUUGCCAAGAUUUUGGGAUUGAGCUGAACUAUUCACAAGCUUGGCGGGGGAUGGAAAUUGCCAGAGAGCAACUUCAGGGCUCAUAUAAAGAUGCAUAUAAUCAAUUCCCAUGGUAUUGUGAGAAGGUGAUGGAGACAAACCCGGGUAGUUUUGCUAACCUUACUACGAAGGAUGACCAAAGCUUCCAUCGUCUCUUUAUCUCUUUUUAUGCCACUAUACAUGGUUUUGAAAAUGGUUGCCGCCCCCUCAUUUUUCUGGAUGCCAUGUAUGUAAAAUCGAAAUACCUUGAGACUAUGUUGGUUGCAACUGCAGUCGAUGCGAAUGAUGAUGCUUUUCCAAUUGCCUUCGCCAUGGUCGACGUUGAGGAUUUUGAUAAUUGGCAUUGGUUUUUGGAGCAGUUGAAGUCUAUAAUACCAACAUCUCGGUCGAUAACAUUUGUGUCUGACAAAGCUAAGGGUUUAAGUGAAAAGGUUCUCAAGGUGUUUGAAAAUGCUCAGCAUGGGUACUGUAUACACCGCCUGGUGGAGAAUUUUAAGAAAUGCUCAAAGGGUCCUUUUCAUGGGGCUGGAAAGGGUUCUCUACCGAUCAACUUUAUGGCUGCUGCCCAAGCACUUCGGCUUGAGGGGUUUAGAAAAUACACCGAGGACAUAAAAACUGUUUCACAGGUAGCUUAUGAUUGGAUCAUGAAUAGUGAACCACAGUUUUGGGCGAAUUCUCAAUUUAAAGGUGAGCAAUUCAACCAUAUUUCAAUAGGUGUUGUACAUUUGUUCAGGGACUGGAUAUCAGAGGUUCGUGAAUUACCAAUAGUGCAUAAGAUUGACGCAAUAAGAAUCGAGAUGAUGGAGCUGAUUAAUGCAAGGCGGAUGGAUUCAAGCAGGUGUAUUUCUAAACUAACUCCAUCCAAGGAGGAAAAAUUGAAAGAAGAGUCCACAAAAGCCAAACGCCUUAAAGUUUUGUUCUCGUCAGACAUCAUCUUCGAAGUUCAUGAUGAUUUCAUAAAUGUUGUUAACAUGGACAAACUAGAAUGUAGUUGCAGAAAGUGGAAAGUCACCGGGUUACCUUGUUCUCAUGCAAUAGCUGUCUUUAAUAGCACAGGUAGGAAUCAGUAUGACUUUUGCUCUAGGUACUUCACUGGUGAGAUGUUACAGUUAACAUAUGCAGAAUCCAUAAACCCUCUCCCAGAGAUAGAGAAGCCAGCUAAUAGUGAAAUGUCAGAUAAGGUUCAAGUAAAUCCUCCAUGCAGAAGAUCCCGUAAUCAGACAAGUGAGCCAGGGCCAGGUCGACCAAAGAGACAGCGGCGAAAUUUUAACCAAGAUGCAGUAAAAAGACCACUUCACUGCACAAUCUGCAAGGGAGAGGGUCACAACAAGGCUUCUUGUAAAGCAACAGAAUAGGCUUACAUACUUUCUCAUGCCUGGAGAAGGCCACAACAAAGCUUCUCAGGUUGUUAACUUAUGAAUCUAUCUCUUGUAUAUUGUUCAUAUUGAUAUCCAUCUGGUUUUCAUUUCUUCUCUUGAUGUUAGCGGCUUCAAUUCGUUUCCAUAUUGUAUGUAUGUCUCUGGUAGAAGGAUUUAAAGAUCAUUUGUAACUUCUAUUUAACUUUUUUUAUUUUGAUGCAAAGAAGAAAUUUUAUUA